UGAGCCUAGCUCAUUCAACCAAGUAAUAGGAUCAAUUCUGAAAUCCGUACCUCGAGAUUAACUUCAUUACCUCGUUCUUGAAUGUCAAGCUUUGAUGAAUGCUAGCCCCACCCGUCACAGGUGUGGCUUUUGUUGUGAGAGCGUAGUAGAUCUAGUCUAGAUCAGAUCUAUGAUAGUGAGAGCUAGAGCGAGAGAAAGUAUUAAACGGUAGCUUGCAAAAUGUCACGACUUCAAGGUCAGGAUUUUGGUCAAAGGAUACCUCCACUCUAUGAAAUGAUUAGAAAUAUAUUGAGAGAAUAUCCCAGUGGUCAAAUCUUUAAGGAAAUUAUACAAAAUGCUGAUGAUGCCCGUGCCACAGAAGUCAAGUUUUAUUUAGAUUGCCGUGUAUUACAAACACUUUCACCAUUACUAUUAUCAGACUUUUCUCAUGGGAAUAGAUCAAAUCUGGAGGUACUAUUAAAACAAUUCACUGGACCUGCACUCCUCUCCUAUAACAAUGCUCCUUUCACGAAAGAAGACUGGGAGAGCAUACAGAGUCUUCAGCGAAGUGGUAAAGCCAAGAAUCCACACAAAAUUGGAAAGUUUGGAAUUGGAUUUAAUUCUGUGUAUCAUAUUACUGACCUCCCAGUUAUUCUCAGUGAAAAUUACUGUGGAUUCCUAGAGCCACAAGAAUCAGUUUGGAAAGGAUAUUCAGGUAAAGGAUAUUAUCUGGAGAAUCUUAUUGAUGAAUGUCCUGAAGUACUGGAACCCUUUGAUGGCAUUUGCGGUUUCUCUACAAAUUCAAUGCAGUAUAAUAAUAAUACCUUAUUUAGAUUUCCAUUGCGUAAAAAUGCAUCAAAACUUUCUAGUGAAGUCUAUGAUAUAAAAAAGCUUCACAUGUUGCUUGAGCCUUUGAAAAAAGAGGCACAAUAUUUACUUGUUUUUCUUCGUUCUGUUUGCUCCGUUGAAGUAUUCCAAAUCACUGAGAGCAAUGUUACUGAACCAUUAUUUAAAGUAAGCGUAAGUGAAGCCGAUUUCAUUUCACGGUUAGAACAACAACGACAAUUUGUUAGUCGAGUUGAAUCAGUAUUUUCAGGUGAAGAAUCACACACUGUUAAUCAGUUGAUUUGUGAUACUUCACAUUUUCACAUUCACAUAUUCAAUAAUGGUAAUUUCACAUCUGAGCAUGAGUUGUUAGUAGUGAAUCAGGUGGGCAGUAAAAAAGAUAAAAUAAUGAAUCUUGCAGAGAAGCAUCAUGUACUUCCAUGGGUAGGAGCAGCCAUUGAUUUGAGCACAUAUUGUUCAGCUGGACGAAUCUUUAAUGUACUGCCCCUACCUGUAAAGGACCGAGCCCCAAUGUGCAUUCAUGUAAAUGGUACAUUUGCUGUAAGUAGUAAUCGUUGCUCAUUGCAAUGGAAGUCACAGGAAAGGAAAAGCGAUGAAGAGGGAAUGUGGAAUGAGUUGCUAGUGAUGGAAUGCCUUCCUUCUUGUUACUUAAAAUUGGUUUUUGAGCUUAUGAUUCGGAAUGUUUCUCAAAUCACAGUAUAUAACUGUUGGCCUGACAUUGAAAAAUUGCGUGGUACUCCUUGGGAAUCCUUAUUAAAACCUUUCUACACUUCAUUAUUGAACAGUAACAAGGUAGUUUGUACGCAAACAAAUGAGAGCAGGAUGUGGAUUAGUAUUAAAGAAGCUGUUUUUAUCACUAAUGAUGUGCCUAUGUCAGUUAUAGAUGCUAUGAAGCUAUGUAGCAUUAAGCUAGUUGAGCUUAACAGCAGUUGUAAUGAAGCGUUGGUCCAGUAUUACAAUGGAAAAAUGAACACCAUAAGUCCUGCCUUAGUACGAAUGCACUUAAAACGUAAUCUGAUUUCUUACGACUAUGCAUCAAAAGAAGCCAAAAUCAAAAUUCUCAAAUAUUGCUUACAAGAUAACCAGUAUAAACAUUUAGUUGGGCUUCGGCUUAUACCUUUAGCCAAUGGAUCAUUUCAGCUGUUUCAAAAAAAGCCAAGUGUUGACGUUGAUUAUUGCUAUGUUUGCACUUCUGAAAACCCCAGUGCUCUGUUACCUGGUUUAGAAAGCCAAUUGAUUAAUGUAUAUGAUGAUGAUCAUGAAUUGCACUCACUACUCUGCUCCAUAGCAAGUAGUAGUUAUACACAGCUGACUAUGCUAAAUUGUCAGCAAGUAGCCAAUUUAAUAUCAUGGUGCAAUACAACCGUAUGGUCAUAUGCACAAAUGGCAUAUUUUUGGCAGUGGCUUAAAAACCAACACUUGGAAUAUUUUGAAAAUAAGCUAAUUGUGCCAAUAACACUUCCUUCAAGUAAUAGUAAAAGUAUUGCUAGAUUGGCUACUGAAGAAAAAAUAGUUUAUAUUCCUUUAUAUACUAAUAUUUCUCAGCCUCUUUUAACUGCGUUGGAAAAAUGCCGUAUCAAAUUUGCUGAUGCAAAUGUUUUUGAUUAUUUGCUUCAUCCUGAGCUUGCUGCAUAUCUCAAUAAGUUUGAUUCUAAUAUAAUACUUGAUGUUAUUUCUUCUAAUAAGCUAGUGAACAUUGAGUUUUCUGAUCAUGAAGCAUCUACAAUGCAAGACUUUUUUUCCAAUAUUUUAUUUGAUAGCAACAGAAUAGCAGCAUUUUGCAAGUUGCCUCUUUUUAAAGUACUUCACGAUGAAUCAAUUCGAUAUUCAAUUGAUGCAAUUGUAACAUCUUAUGCUAAUGAUAAAGCUAUUGCUACAAAUGGUGUUUAUCAUUUCAGAACUGAUCUGCUUCCACGUAUACCACGAAUCAUUGACACUACGUCAGAUAAUGCAUUGAGGCUUUUGAGAUGUAUGACAAGCCAUGUUUACUUUAUGACAGAAACAGAGUAUCUUUUGAAUGUAGCAUUUGAGCAGAUAAAGAACGGGCAGUUUUCUAAAAGAAAUAUAGUUCCAUUUAUGAAAAGUGUUCUUGAUAAUUUCUACAGUUCAGAAUACAAACAAGCCUCUGAUAAACUUGUAGCAGGUAUGAAAGAUUUACCAUUUGUCGAGGUUUUAUCUUCCACACAGCUUGAAGCCCCUUGUAAUCUUUUUGAUCCUGAUAUUUUGAUUUUAAAACAACUUUUUCUUGGUGAGUACAAGUUUCCUGCUUCUACCUUUUCAUCUCAUUUGGAAAUUUUGAGACAGUGUGGUUUAAAAGUAUCAGUUGACGCUAAAGAAAUUUUUCAAAUCAUCUUAUCUAUUAGAGUUACUGUACGCAAGCAAAAGAAAAUGGCUGCUGUUGAUGAAAAUAGGUAUCUGAGAUUGGUAGUAGUUCUGAAAUAUUUAUCAGAUAACUCUAGCCUCUUUGAUACCAAACUACCGGUAAAAACACAUGACACACUAUUGACAAUAUUGAGAAAAGAAGCCGAACAUUACUGCUGGCUACCAAUAGCAAGCGAUCCUCCAAGCCAAUAUCCUUCCUGUUUAGUGUGGAAAGGAUCACAAUACCCUUUUCAUUUUGCCUCAUUUAGUGCUAAUCCUCUAAUAAUAUUGCUUUCACAGGAUCUUACCACCACAGCAGAGGUAGAUUUACAUGUACCACAUCAUUUAAUUGUUGGUUCAGAAGCUGUUUUUAUUGAGUAUUUUCCAAGUCAGCUUGAACAUCAUUUUCAGUGCUCCACAAAGAAACUAGUUUCUGCAGUCAUCUCUCAUUUCAAGCAUGUAAUUAAAAAUAAGGAUUCCAUACCUAAAGAUAUGUUGGAGACAAUUUCUAUCAAAACAUAUGAGUUUUUACAAAAUAAUAUUCAAUAUUGUAAUGUGGCACAACUGUGCUCAAGUAAAUGGUUAUGGGUUGAAAAUUUAUCAGUAUUCAUUGAUUCACACCAAGCAGCUAUGGCAACUAAUCCUUCAUUUUUAUUGAGUUUAGAACCUUUUAUUUUUGUUUUAUCUUCAAAUUUAAGAGCAUUUUCUGAACUUUUUUUAAAAUGUGGUGUACCACCCAAUGUAACAACUAAGCAGAUUGUCUCUGCUCUUCGAUCUGUUAGGGACAGGGACAGUUCUCAGCUCAAAGAAGAUACAGCAUGGUCAAUUGUUCGAACUGUAUUGGACUGGAUAGCAGAUAACACUGAUACAAAUAGUAAAAAUGAUAUUCUAGUAGCAGUUGAAAGUGAUUUAUCAUAUCCUCAGUUAAUCCCUAUUGAUGAUGUAGCAUACACAGAUAAUGAAAUGUUACGUGGCAUUGCACGGACGUCAGAUGAAGAGUAUCAUCUUAUACAUCCUAAAGUGUCCCACCUGUCUUCCAAACUUGGCCUUUCCCCACUUAGUGACCAGCUUGAUAUUACUGAAGAUGUCUUUGAAGAUGCUGGUCAACACGAACCACUAACAACACGACUUAGCAAUAUAUUGAGAGAAUAUAAAGAUGGCUUAACUAUCAUAAAAGAGAUGAUGCAAAAUGCUGAUGAUGCUGGAGCCACUGAAGUUAAUAUUUUACAUGAUAUGCGCACUCAUUCAAGCCGCAAUCUAGUGUUAGAAGGAAUGGCAGAGAGCCAUGGGCCAGCAUUGAUAGUUCACAAUAACAGCACAUUCACCAAGGAGGACUUUGAAAACAUCACUAAACUUGCUGCUGCUACCAAAGCUAACCAAUCACUUAAGAUUGGAAAAUUUGGAGUUGGAUUUUGUUCUGUGUACCACAUCACUGAUGUACCUUCUUUUGUUAGUGGAGAUUGGCUCUAUAUAUUUGAUCCUACAUUGAAACAUUUAAAAGGUGUAGUGCAAAAUGAAAACAGGCCUGGCAAGAAAAUAAAUUUUAAAUCAAAAUUCCUUGCCAAAUCACAUCAAUUAGCUCCAUACCAGGAUUUAUUUGGUUUUGACCCUUCAUCAACUUACAAUGGUACAAUAUUUAGGCUGCCUUUCAGAACACAUCCCAGUCAAAUUUGUCCCACAAUCUACAAUGAUCAUCUCAUUCAAAUGAUUAAAAAUGAUUUAGAGUCAAAUGGUUCUAAAUUAUUACUGUUCUUGCAAAAUGUUAAGCGUAUUACAUUUAGCUCACAACAAGAAGGUAGCCAAGUUGUUGAGCAGCUGUCCAUUGAGUGCAGUAAAGAUGACAUUAAAAAUGUCAAAAAGUGUAUUACAAAAUCUAACACUACAAUUAUAGAGUAUUGGUUACUAUCAAAUCAAAAGCAACAGUUGAAAUCACAGGAAGGAAUUUGUAAGCCAGCAGUUGCAUCUGUAGCUUGCAAGUUAGUUAAGGAACAAUCUUUGUUUUUGCCUGAAGCACUUGAAGGGAAUGCAUUUUGUUUUUUACCAUUAUCAAUUCCUGAUACUGGCUUACCUGUGCAUGUUAAUGCUAACUUUGCUGUUAUGAAUAACAGAAGUGGCAUAUGGACAGGAGUAUCGUCUGCAAUAGCAUCAGAAGAAAGGGAAUACUGGAAUAAACAAUUAAUGACAAGUGCAAUACCUCAAGCAUAUUGUAAUUUGUUAAAAAAUUUGCAAGCAAUGCACUGCUCAGGAAGACUUACUUCUUAUGAGUUUCACAUGCUGUGGCCACUGGCUUCAAACCUUCAGAUGAGAUUUUUAUGGGAAAGUUUAGUAUCUUCAUUAUAUCAUUUGAUAUCACAAGAAAAAUUAUUUUUCUCAUCUUCUAUUUGUCAAUGGUUAAAUAUAGCCCAGGCUUGUUUUCUUCCCUCAACAUUAUUUAAAGUUACAUGUAUUGAUUCUGUUGAAAUCAUUGAAGCAGUUAAAAUAAUGAAGUUGCCAGUAGUGCUUUUACCUUUUUCUCAUACUUGCCAACUACAACAAUUUGUAUCUAUUAAUAUAUUAACUGAAGACAAAUUUGCAGAAUUAUUUUUACAACAAUUAGAUUCCUUUUCCAAUAGCACUAAGACCAGGAAUAAAAUUCUUUUAAUGAUGCUAUUAGCUAUUGGUUUGGCAAGCAGCUCUAAAGAGCAAAACGUAUUAAAAAGUCUACUUGAAAAGCACCCCUGUAUACCUACUUCUCCUAAGGGAAUUCAAUUAAAAAGAGCAUCAGAACUUGUUGAUCCAUAUGAAUUUCGUGACAUGUUUGAUCCUGAAGACGCCAUGUUUCCUGAAGACACUCUCUACCAAUCUGCUGUAGUAAAGGAAGGAAUUUUUAGACUUGGCCUAAUGUCACCUUACAAUGUAUGUUGGGAUGUAAUUAUCAGUAGUGCCAAGACAGUGCAGUCAUUAUUUGUUAAAGAUAAAAUGAAAGCAUUAACAAGAGUUGAAGUUAUCAUUGGUUGCAUUGAAGAAAAGGCAGAACAUGCUCGUCGAAAACAAGAGCAGAUUGAUCCAGCACUUUCUGAGCUAUGUCAAACUCACUUUCUACCUGUCCUUCCUAAACCCGAAAAUUAUUUUUUACCAUGGAAAGGUGAAGGUCAUAUUUUAUUGCCACCUUGUCAAGUCAUAUCAGUUGAUAGUCACAGCUUAAGAAAAGCCAGUGUAUUACUAGGAUCUCAAAGAGCAAUAGUUAAUACAAUGGUAUUUGGUUUAGGAGGAUGCAAUUCCAUUGCUCAUCGGGCAUUAAAAGUAAUGAAUAUUUCAUCACAAGCUUCAUUUGAUGAUGUACAUAACCACUUUUUCACAUUGAUUGAUGCAUUUAAUGCAUCAAUGUUAAAUGAUCAUGAAGCAAUACAAUUAAUUGAAGAAAUUUGUCAAAGUGUUUAUGAGCAUUUUGAAGCCUUCUUGAAAGAGUCACCUGCAAUGUCAAAAGUAUAUGAACAGCAGGAUCAAGUUCAUAAUCAACAUCAAAAAACUUUGGCCCAAUAUUGGAACAAACCAUUCAUAUGGACUGGGAGAGGCUUUGUUUGUCCUUGUGAUGUAUCAAUUAAUUGGAAACAACAGGUGGGUCCAUAUUUAUAUAAACUUCCUGGCAUGUUAUCACAGAAAAAAAAUUUAAUAAAUUGUUUACAAGUAAAGGAGAGCUUUAAUGUUGAAAAACUACUGGAAACAUUCUCUCAAAUGUAUUCAGAUUUUAGUUCUACACACAAACUUCCACAAGAUUACCAUGAAACUGCUAAAUUCAUUAUCCAAGAGUUAAAUGCAAGAGAUGUUCAGGAAUUAUCUCCCAUGAAAGAAAAAGCUAUUCUUGUUGAUGCUGAUUAUAUUCUUAGACCAGCAAGCCAAUUAGUUUUCAAUGAUGCUGCAUGGUUGCCUUCUGAUAAUGUUAGUAACUAUGUUAUAUCACUUUUCAACAGAGAAGUAGCACUUGCACUUGGAGUGCAGCCAAGGAGCAGUAAAUUUCUUGAUGAAUACACUUCUGCUGUGCAAAGCUUUAGUGGAGUACCAUUUGGUCAACGUGAAGAUCUUACCCUAAGAAUUAAAAAUAUUCUUCGAGAUUAUCCACUUGAUGUUACUUUCCUCAAAGAGCUCCUACAAAAUGCUGACGAUGCCAAGGCUAGUAAAAUGUAUGUAAUACUUGAUAAGAGAGAACACAGGAAGGAGAGAUUACCAUCAAAGAAUUGGUCAGAACUACAAGGACCUGCAUUACUUGUAUGGAAUGAUAAAGAGUUCACUGAAAAAGAUUUAGAAGGAAUUCAAAAACUUGGCCUUGGUUCAAAGCGUGAUGAUGAAGAGUCUAUUGGUCAGUUUGGCAUUGGUUUUAAUGUGGUCUAUCAUGUAACAGAUUGUCCUAGUUUCAUAACAAGGGGAGACACACUGUGUGUGUUUGAUCCACACUGUAGAUAUGUUCAUGGAGCUGAUAAACUUUGCCCUGGAAGACGGUACAAUGUUGAUGAUAGCUUUUGGGACAAUAUGUCUGAUCUUCAUUCUUGCUUUCUUCAAGAUGAGUUUCAAAAUAAACCACAAGGCUUAGAUAAAGGUGUCCUUUUUCGUUUUCCUCUUCGUUGUACUAUGGCACAGGUAAUGAAUUCAGAGUUAGUGCUUAAUACUGUUAAAACAAAACCAUUGACUGCUGAUAUAAUGGAAAAUCAUCUCAGAUCAUGGGUAAAGACAAUGAAAGACGCUCUUCUUUUCCUCAAUCAUAUAAUCCAGUUUGAAUAUUAUGUCAUUGAAAGUUCUGGUUCAUUAAAAUGUGAGACAAGCUAUGUAGUUCAUAUGGAAGAUGAUAUCCAUGAGAUGCGAUCUAGUCUGAAGGAACGAUUUGCUACUUUUAGACAUGCUAAAAAACCGUUUCUUGUUCCUUAUCCUUUGACACUUGAAACGAAAUUAAUAAAGUCUUCUACACAAGAGCAAUGGUUGAUACAGCAAGGAGUUGGAGAUGUACAAGAUUCUGACAAUAAACAUUGGGAAUAUUUAAACAAAGCUCUACCUAAACAUGGCAUUGCAGCUACUUUCAAAAGAACUGAGAAUUUCAAUGGAAAAGUUUUCUGCUUUCUGCCACUACCAGUCUUGACUGAACUACCAGUUCAUAUUAAUGGCCAAUUUGUGCUCAAUAGCAAUAGACGCUCUCUUUGGAUAAGUACAACAGAGGAACCUGAUACCAGAACAAAUUGGAAUUUCAAUUUAAUUAAAGCAAUUGCUUCUUCUUAUGUACAUUUUCUUGAAAGUGCUAAGCCUCACUAUGUGAAAAGUGAUGGCUAUUGCACUCUUGCUGAAUUAUUAAAUGCUAUAAACAGUUAUUAUAGUCUUUUUCCUUUUUUUGAUCCACCAUUUACACCAUAUCAGAGUAGUCAGAAUACUGCAAUAUCAAGAGUUACAAAAAAGAAAAAUUGGGAAGGUAUUUGUCACAAAAUAUUUCAGUUGAUGUGGACUACAAACUUACAAUUAUUAGCUAGAGAACUGGAAAAGGAUGAAUAUUCUUCGAAAGAAUCUCAAAUGUGGGUUGCCCAAUGGCAUAGCUUUAGAAGUGAUACUCCUCAAAAUCAAGCAUAUUUUGCAUCUCCAGGAGCAACCAAAGAAGUGAAGCAAGUACUGAAGCAGCUAGGCAUGAUUCUAACAUGUGCCCCACCUGCUCUAUAUUCACACUUAGAUGUACUAUCAGAAGAAACAAAACCAGCUAUUCUAUCAAGGGAGUCUGUUUAUGAAUAUUAUAGUAAAUUCCAUCCUCAGAUUAUCUGCCAAUGUCCCUGUUCAAUAGAUCAAUCACCUUUUCAAACAAUAGAUUUGUUUUGUUUGUUUUUAAACUAUUUACUAAGUCCUAGUUUAAAAGGGCGGGAAGUUCAAUAUGAGUUCCCUAGCUUUCCUGUUGGCAUUCCACUUCUUCUUACAGCUGAUUCACAGUUACAGAUGGUUUCAAAUCCUCCAAAAAUUUUGUGUAGCAAGUAUGCACAUCUCUUUAAAAAAUGUUCUUCGCUUUUUUUGCAUGAAACAAUCAUUGAUGCUGUUGAAAAUAAGCUAUCAUCAUCUUAUUUUAUCACAAUUUUGUCUGUUCAUGUGCUCGAAACAAUGAUGAUCAGCAACUUUUCUUCAUCCCUUAAAACUCUGGUAGCAGAUAAUUCUAACAAUUCUAUUAUUGCUAAGGAAACAUUGAAGGAAUUGUGGCUGUGUUUCAAGAAUGAUCUAAUAUUUUUUCAGCACAGGCAAUAUAUUGUUGAAAAUUGGGCAAUUAUUCCUUCGGUAUCUGGUAAACUUUACUCUGCUAGUUCCCCAGUUUUACCUUUACUUACACCAACUGACUCCAUGUAUAUGAGUGUAUUUCAUGAACUGGCUAAUUUACAUGUUCCACUGUUUGACUCAGCUGAUUAUGCAGAAUGCUUAGCUAAAGACUACUGUGUUGAUAUUUCAAAUGUUUCCAUAGUCCUAUCUAUUCUGUUUCAUCAUCAUACUAAAGCAAAAGUUUUAUUGAAUUUAAAAACUCCACGGAAUACUAUUAAGUGUUUAUUUCAAUACUUUGGUAGAAUAAGCUUUAUUUAUGAUAGUAAUAGCCUUUCUUAUAUUCGAAACCUUCCUCUUUUUGAAACCAUAAAUGGAGACAUGACAAGUCUUAGUAAUAAAAGAGUCUUUUGUUGGCCUGCAGAAGCUUGCAAAGCUGGAUAUAGUAAGUGGGUGUCUUUUGAGAGUGUUGUAUUCCUACCUAUUAAUGGAGAUUGGACAAGCCUUUGUAAUAAUAACAUUGCAAUAUUAGGUGGUCAAUAUCUUACUGAAAGGGACCUUUAUAUUCGUUUUAUUUUUCCACUGUUUUCAAAUUUGACAUCAAAUGAGAGAAUGGAACAUCUCAGACACAUUAAAGACACUUUGUUUCCUGACCUUCAUCAUGAAAGUCAACUUAUAAAAGAUAAUAGAAGUGCUCCAGCAAAAAAAUUUGUCGAUAAAUUAAAGAAUCUACCUUGUCUUGAAACAAUUCAUGGUCACCUUCGAACAAUCGAAAAAUUUUCUAUUCACAACUUGCCUAUAUUUACAACAUUUCCGCAGCAUUUCUACUUUGUUCCUGAGGAAUGCCAAAAAAUUGAUUGGCUGGAAUUUUUAAAAGCCCUUGGCCUUAGAGUAACUAUCACAAGAGAAGAAUUUAAAACUUUCGCUAAAAUUGUUUCUACUGGAAAACACAAAGAUGCUUCAAAGGCAUCUAGUGUACUAGUGGAGUAUUUAUUUUCUGACUCAGGAAAAGAAUGGCAUACGGACAAGCAAUUUUUGUCAGAAAUUGCUUGCAUUGCAUUUGUCAAAGUUAAUACUCUUAGCAAUUUUAAAUGCAUAAAAGAGUCAUGUCAACCUCCAUUGUACCUAGAAGAACAAAAGCUGGGGCUAACAAUGCUUAAUGAAUCUGUGAUAUACGACAGUGUCUCAUUGAUCUGGACUGUAAAGCCAGUAGUGAAUCUACCUGUACCAUCAUAUAUGUACACACAGUCAGGCACAUCUCAACAAUAUGAUGAACUAUUGAAAUAUUUGGGUGUUACACUUAAACCAGAUAUUAAAGAUGUUUAUAAAAAUCUAAUGAAUGUGACACAAAUGGCACUUGAUACAUUUCAUGAGUAUAAUUUAGCGUAUGAUGAUGAUGCAAAAGGCACUAACGAAGUAAGCAUUGAAACCAUAAUUAAACAAUGUUUUGAUUAUUUAUUUGAACAUGAUGCACAUGAGUAUCUUCAAAAUCUCUGUACUGUUCCUUGUAUUCCAAUGUCAGAUUUAGCUGUUCAUCAGCCGGUGCUUGUAAAACCAAUUCAAGUAGUGAGACACAUACCUGAUGACUGCUCCCAUUUUUUCUCUUACCUUCACAAAGUACCUGAAUUCUUGGUUGGAUGUCAAUACCUCAAACUAUUAGGUAUAACUGACAAUAUUGAAAUCACUACUCUUCGGUAUCUUCUUGAAACAAUGCAUGAGCAAUUUUGCAACAGUAAACUUGACCAAUAUCAUGCAAAUACUGUCAGAGAAGCAGUCAUUAAAAUGCAUAGCUUGCUAAAAAAUGAAUUACAUUCACGAGGUACCGUCCAGAAUAUUUCACCACUCUAUUAUCCUAACAGCAAAGGAUUCCUAGUUGACUCAACAACCCUUGUAUUUGUUGAUUCCAGUCGCUAUCAAACAGACAAAUACAAUUUUUCUGAGUUGCCUCUUUCCUUAUUUCAAUUGCCAUCUCGAGUAACACAUUCAGCAACUAAAGCUAUUUUCUCCAGUGAUGAUUCCAGUGUGCCAUGUGAUAUUUUAUGUUUGAAACUACCAAAAAAUGUUAGGCCAAAUGGCCUCUCUCUUAUCUGCAGGGAAGAAUUGGCUGACUAUAAUGUAUCAAGAGAAAGUAAUUCACCUCUUCAGCUGCAUUUUUUAAAACUAAAAUCCAUUGCUCCAGUUUUGGAAGAAUUAAUGCCCAAAAUAAUAAGGCACCAUUCUCUGCACAUAAAUGAAUCAAUUGCAAAAAAAUUCUCAAAAACAUUAGUAGAAUGUUUUAUUAAUAAUGUGAAGUUAGUAAUCAUUAAUAACCUGAAAAGUAAGGUUCUUAUUGAUAAUAAACCAAUCACAACUAUCACAGUUAAAUAUUUGUUUCAAAGAAAUGAUGCUUGUGAUGAGUAUAUUCUGUAUGUGGAUAGAAAUGCAACCACAAGUUCUACAGUUUUAAAAGAAAUUACACACACUCUCUGUGUUGAAAUAGCACAACUGCAUGAUGUUGAAUUGACUUCAUAUAUAAAAUUUAAUGAUCCUGUUUGUGAAUGUCUUGCAGCUCAAGGUAUUAAAGAUUUAAAACCAACUUUAGAGAUACUGCAGAUUGAAACUCAAAAAAUUCAGAUGAUUCUUCCCAUUGAAAACAAUGUUGCAACUCUUGGAGGGGAAAUACAAAAUGAUUUUGUCAUUGAACUUUUGCAAAAUGACAUAACCAAUGAUAUUUUUUAUCCGGAGGAAUGGGUUGGAUAUGAGAAUGGAUAUGACAAUUUUAUCUAUGCAAUUGUUGUUUAUGCAGUUGUACAAGAAAAAGUUACUGACAACCCCCUAAAGAGAACAUAUAUGAUUACAACUGAUGAUGAAGGUCAUUUAAAAGAAGUAUCAACCCUUGACCUUUAUAAACUAAUGAAAGUAGGUGAACACUCUGCUUCUGCUCAAGUUAGAAGACUCGAAGACACUUAUAGUCUGUUAGAAUUGAAAAGAGCAAUCAUUGAAGUCUUGACUUUAAUUUGGAUGCUAGGAAACGAAGAUGAGAAACGAAAAGCGGUAAAGCAACUUUACUGGAAGUACCAUCCUGAAAAAAGAAAAAACAAUCCAAGUGAAGCCACCAUGUAUGAAAAUGCAUUUAGUUUCUUAAAACAGCAAAUUGAAAAUUUAGAAAAUGGAAAAUCAUUGGGAGACCCAGAUGCACCAUUGCCAUUAUCAUCAGAGUUUUCAUCACAAACUUCAUGUUGGUCAAGAUGUUUUGAUGAAUGGGAUGAGGAUUUGAGGAAUAGAUGGCAAAGAAGUAGACAUGAAAGAGAAAAUUUAUUCCCAAUUGAAACCCUAAACUUUACACAUGAUAUUUCACAACCAAUAGCAGAUCCAAUAAAAGCUGGACAUUGGUUAAAGCAGGCAGAAUCUGAUUUAGAAGCUAUGCUUUAUCUAAACGAGUGUAAAGGAAUGCAAUGUCAAGUAUUAUUUCAGGGUCAUGAGACUUGUGAAAAAGCUCUGAAAGCAGGCAUGUAUAAACUAGUAGGAUUAAAUCCUGCCAAUCUUAAGACUCAUGAGCUGCAUGAUCAUGCUCAUGCUAUUGCUGGAAUAAAAGGUGGUGUUUGGGCAGAGCUGCCACAAUUAGUGUCUUCAAUGGAGCAAUAUUAUCUCAAAACACGCUAUCCCAAUCAACACAAUCCCUCGGUGGCUCCAGUUGACAUUUAUUGUUGUGAUACAAGGGACAAUGAGGUACAAAGUUUAGUCAAUAGUGCUUGGAAGCUAGUGGCAUUGAUACAAAAGCUAUUUUAA